AUGGCGCCAUGGCAGGGUCUCACGAACAAUGAUACGGUUGACUUCGAUGUCACUUGGGGCAUCCUCGAGGGUGCGCUCAGAGAAAUACACGCCAAGAAUGCCUCCAAGCUGUCUUUCGAAGAACUCUACCGGAAUGCCUACAAGCUGGUUCUGAAGAAGAAAGGUGAAGAACUCUAUAACCGGGUUAGUGGGCUCGAACAAGAGCUACUGAGAGAGAAUGUGCGGAGCAGGGUAGUGCAAAUGGUCACUUCACCUCUUAUCCUCGGAGCAAGUGGUGAGCAAGUUGGGGGUCAGGCACAUCAGCGGCGAGCAGAUGGAGAGAGAUUCUUAGGAGUUCUCAAGAAUGCUUACAAAGAUCAUGAUAUCUGCAUGAAGAUGAUCACCGAUGUUUUAAUGUAUAUGGAGCGCACAUACUGCCAGGAUCAGCGCCAUCCAUCAAUAUAUGCCAUGGCGAUGGCUCUUUUCCGAACGCAGGUGCUUCGUUCUCCAGCUACCGACCAGUCUGAUAUAAAUGUGAUGGCAAUCCUGGAGAGUGCGAUUCUUGACAUGAUUGCUAUGGAACGAAAAAACGAGAUUAUAGAUAGACCGCUGAUCCGAGCUUGCAUUUGCAUGCUAGAAGAGCUUUACGAGACCUUUCAAGAAGAAGAGAGCUCGAAGCUUUACUUGACCUCGUUCGAGCCAAAGUUUCUCGAGUCAAGCAGGAUAUUCUAUCACCGCGAAGGCCAAGAUUUGGUUGCGAAUGCUGAUGCGGGAACAUUUUGCCGUCAUGCCCGUAAACGAUUGCGAGAAGAGGAUGAGCGAUGCCAACAAACACUGUCAACAUUGACGGACCAAAAGAUUAAAAGUGUCGUUGACAAGGAGUUGAUUGGAGCACAUAUCCGCGAUGUGAUCAACAUGGAAGGGACGGGCGUGAAACACAUGCUCGACAACGACAGAUUGGAAGACCUCUCAAAUGUCUUUGAUUUGAAUUCAAGGGUGGAUCCGAAAAAGGCAGCUCUGAAAGACGCUGUGCAGAAGAGAAUUGUUUCCCUUGGUUCGGAGAUCAACAACAUGAGUUCUGGGGCUGUGGUUCCGCCGCCAAACAAUGCUUCUGAACAAGCAAAGAAGGAGGAAGGAGAAAAGGAUAAAAAUGUCAAUCAACAGACAGCUUCCGCUAUCAAAUGGGUAGACGAUGUUCUCACACUAAAGACCAAAUAUGACCGGAUAUGGGAAGAAGCAUUCAAGAAAGAUUCAAACAUGGAAAAAGCUCUUGAGUACAGUUUCCAGGAAUUCAUCAACGCCAACCAACGCAGCUCGGAACACCUAUCACUCUAUCUCGAUGAAUAUCUGAAGAAGGGCGCGAAGGGCAAGACAGACCUGGAGGUUGAUGCAAACCUCGACAAGGGCAUCCUGCUGUUGCAAUACAUUCAGGACAAGGACCACUUCGAAAACUACUACAAAAAGCACUUGUCCAAGCGGCUGUUGCAGAGGAAAUCUGCCAGCAUGGAUAUCGAACGGCAGAUGAUCUCGAAAAUGAAAAUGAAGGUUGGCAACACGUUCACGCAACGACUCGAGUCCAUGUUUAAAGACAUGGCGUUAUCUGAAGAUCUCACUAAACAAUACAAAACACAUGUGGCUGAACUAGGCGACCCCGACACGACUCGGAUCGAUCUUGAAGCCAGCAUUCUUACGACAACCAUGUGGCCUGUUGAUAGCAUGGUGAGACGUAACGAGGACGGGUCGACCAAGACCGCAUGUAUCUAUCCGCCGGUCGUGGAAAACGCUCGGAAGAGAUUCGAGCAUUUCUAUCUAAAGAAGCAUAGCGGUCGAACGCUAUCCUGGCAGCCACAACUUGGAAGUGCCGACAUUCGCGCAACUUUCACAAAACCGGAUGGCAAGACCAAACGGCAUGAACUGAAUGUGUCGACAUAUGCAAUGGUCAUUUUGCUCCUAUUCAAUGACUUGCCGGCUGAUCAAUGUCUGAGCUAUGAGGAAAUCCAGGCACGAACCUCAAUCCCUGAGAAUGAGCUUUGCCGAAAUUUACAGUCACUGGCAGUGGUACCAAAGACAAGAAUAUUGAAGAAAGAUCCCAUGAGCAAAGAAAUCAAACCUGGAGAUAAGUUCUACUUCAACGAGAGCUUUACGAGUCCAUACAUGAAAGUCAAGGUUGGCGUGGUCAGCAAUGCGGGCAGCAAAGCAGAGAACAGCGAUGAGAGGAGGGCGACGAAGAGAAAAGCUGAUGAAGAGAGGGGUACCACGAUCGAGGCGGCGAUCGUCAGAAUAAUGAAGCAACGCAAACACCUUCCCCACCAACAGCUCAUCGCGGAAGUGAUCCAGCAGUUGGCCAACCGCUUCCAGCCCGACGUUAACAUGAUCAAGCAGAGGAUAGAAAGCUUGAUGGAACGGGAAUACCUGGAAAGGGGCCCAGAUCCGAGUAAACCUUCUUACACGUAUCUUGCUUAG